CUCCCCAACUGGUCGGGGGAAAAACAAACCCGGAGCCGACGGAGCCGCCCCGGGACUCCCGGCGGGGGUCGCCCUGCGCUGCGCUGCGCUGCGCGGCGGCCGUCGAGCCCCACGGAGCUUCUCGGGGUGUGGGCAGGCAUAUAAGGAUUAAAUUCUGACUAAGUCUACAAGUAGGAUGGACAGUUAUUUUAAAGCAGCAGUCAGUGACUUGGACAAACUCCUUGAUGAUUUUGAACAGAAUCCAGAUGAACAAGACUAUCUUCAAGAUGAGCAAAAUGCAUUUGGUUCUAACCACUGUUCAGUUUCUUCAGAGUUGGUUUCCUCACAACUGACUUCACUGCUACAGAAGGAUCAACAAUGCAUUAAUUGUUGUGCCUCAUCAGAAACAUGCUAUGAAACAAAUCAGAUUUCCCUGAACAAAACACUCGAGGGACUAACUUCCAUACAAAAUGAAAAAAAUGUAACAGGACUUGAUCUCCUUUCUUCUGUGGAUGGUGGCACUUCAGAUGAAAUCCAGCCUCUCUCUAUAGGACGAUGUAAUAAACCUGUCUGUGAUCUGAUAAGCGACAUGGGUAACUUAGUUCAUGUAACUAAUAGUGAAGAAGAUAUUAAACAGUUAUUGCCAGAUGAUUUUAAGUCUAGUGCAGAUUCUUUGAUUGGAUUGGAUUUAUCUUCAGUGUCAGAAACUCUCUGUGCUUCUCCAACCGACCGUGGUAAUAAUACUGUCAGAGAGGAACAGAAUGAUGUCAACUCUGAAUUACAAAAUAGAGCAGUCAGUGGAGCUGAAGAAUUGGGUAUAAAAGUAGAUACAACAGCUUCAGAUUCAUGUCAUUACAGUGGAAAAGAGAAUUUAAAAGAUCAAGAGAUCUCUAAUCAGUUAGAACCAGUUGUUGAUUUUAACAUGCCAUCUGCUUUGACUCAACAAAGUUCCAAAAUGUUUCAUGCCAAAGACAGCCUACAGCACAGGGACCAGCCAUGUGUAUUACAGAAAGCCAAUAACUGUUUGGUAAAAGAGGAAGUAGAUGUGGCAGUCAGAGCUGCCACAGAAUGUUUAAAAGAAAGAGACCACACAAGUGCUUUGCCUUGCAGUUUUCCAAAAAAUGAGGAUUUAUACUUAAAGGAUUCAAAUGCAAAAGAUGAAAAUUUCAAAUUACCUGACUUUUCCUUUCAGGAAGAUAGGACUGCUGUAUUUAUAAAACAGGCUGCAAAAGAAGGCUCAAGAGAUGUGGAUCUUAAAGAUAAUCAAGAUGUAAUCCAAGAUUCCUCUCCAACUCUACAUGUUUCAGAUGAAGAGAUAUACUCCUCACUGUCUUGUCUUCCAGUACCUGGAUCUUUGUGUGGAUCAUUAAUUGAAAAUAAAGCAUAUGGUGAUUGUUUACUACAGAAUGAACAUAAAGAUAACAUACAAGAUGCAGUACAUGAAGAAAUACAGAAGAGUGUUAUUCUGGGUGAGGAACCAUUAAAGGAAAAUGAUCUUUUGAAACAGGAAAAAUGUAAAAACAUAAUUGAACAGGUAGAAGAUAGAAAGGUAGAGUCCAACCAGAUGAUAAUCAGAGUUGAGUCUUUGGAUUACCCUGGUAACACAAAUUCUUCUGCAGGUACAGAAUCUCAAAUGGAGCUUUCUGGGGCUAAUGCACCAGAGUUUCCUGAUUCUUGUGAAGGUUUCCCUUUUUCAAGCAAUGAUAUCGAUGGGCAAGACUUAGAUUACUUUAAUAUUGAUGAAGGCAUGAAAAGUGGUGCAUUAAUUAGUGAUGCUGAACUUGAUGCCUUUCUGACUGAACAAUAUCUCCAGACUAAUAACAUAAAAUCAUUUGAAGAAAGUGCAAAUGACUCAAAAUCUCAAACGAAUCAGAUAGACAUGAAAGGCCUAGAUGAUGGAAGCAUCAAUAAUAUGUAUUUCAAUGCUGAAACAGGAGCUAAUGGAGAAAGUCCUGGUAUUAAUAUGAUAUGUGAAACAAUUGAUAAACAGAAUACAACAGAAAAUGGUGGCCUUUCUUUAGGGGAAAAAAAUACAAUUCUGGUUGAACAAGGGUUAUCUAACAGUAAAUCUGAGAUUACAAAUGAAUUAUCAGUCUCUGAUAUUAACAAUCAGUCUUCUAUUCAUGUUGGAGGGGCCAGACCAAAGCAAUUGUUUAACAUUCCAUCAAGACCAAGAGGUUCAAAGGAACCAAAUAAACCAGAUGUUCCAAAUAUGCCCGAAAGUGAGCCCAGCAUAGCAAAUACGAUUGUUCCAACUACUUGUACUCCCGAUGCUACAACUGAUCCUCAGGUUAGCUUCAACUCUAAUUACAUUGACAUAGAAAGUAAUUUUGAAGGUGGAUCCACUUUUGUAACUGUGAAUGAAGAAUCUCUACCUGCAAACACUUGCAAAGAAGGCCUCGUUUUGGGCCAGAAACAACCUACUUGGGUUCCUGAUUCAGAAGCUCCAAACUGUAUGAACUGCCAAGUCAAAUUUACUUUCACAAAACGACGACAUCAUUGCCGAGCAUGUGGGAAAGUAUUUUGUGGUGUCUGUUGUAAUAGGAAGUGUAAACUACAAUAUCUAGAAAAGGAAGCAAGAGUGUGUGUAGUCUGCUUUGAGACUAUUAGUAAAGCUCAGGCAUUUGAAAGGAUGAUGAGUCCAACUGGUUCUAAUCUUAAAUCUAAUCAUUUUGAUGAAUGUGCCACCACCCAGCCUCUUCAGGAGACUCAAACAUCCAGUAUACCUUCACCUACAACUUUACCCAUCUCAGCACUUAAACAACCAAAUGUUGAAGGAUUAAGCUCCAAAGAACAGAAGAGAGUAUGGUUCGCAGAUGGUAUACUGCCCAAUGGUGAAGUUGCAGAUACAACAAAGUUAUCAUCUGGAAGUAAAAGAUGUUCUGAAGACAUUAGUCCUCUCUUACCUGAUAUGCCCUUGACAGUAAAUACAGUGGAUCAUGCCCAUUCUACUACAGUGGAAAAAGCAAACAAUGAGAUAGAAGAUAUUACAAGAAAUGAGAUAAUUCAGAGUCCUAUUUCUCAGGUUCCAUCUGUGGAAAAACUGCCUACAAACACAGGAACUGAGGGGCUACCUACUUCUUGUUCUUUUAUGCCAAAUGAUGAUGUUUUUGCAGAAAUUGAGGGACCACCUAGUCCUACUGGUGUCUUAGUUCCCAGCAAUUUACCUGUUGCUAGUACUUCAGAUUAUAGGUUACUGUGUGGUAUUGACAAGAAUGUUUGCAAUAAGAUUAGUCUUCUACCUAAUGAUGAGGACAGUUUGCCACCUCUUCUGGUUCCAUCUGGAGAAAAGGGAUCAGUGCCUGUAGUAGAGGAACGCCCAUCUCAUGAGCAGAUCAUUUUGCUUCUUGAAGGCAAACGUUUUCAUCCUGUUACAUUUGUCCUAAAUGCUAAUCUACUGGUGAAUGUCAAGUUAGUAUUUUAUUCCUCAGACAAAUAUUGGUACUUCUCAACCAAUGGAUUGCAUGGCUUGGGACAGGCAGAAAUUAUUAUUCUGUUACUAUGUUUGCCAAAUGAAGUUACUAUCCCAAAGGACAUCUUCAAACUGUUUAUCACCAUCUAUAAGGAUGCUCUGAAAGGAAAAUACAUAGAAAAUUUGGACAAUAUUACUUUUACUGAGAGUUUUCUCAGUAGCAAGGAUCAUGGAGGAUUUCUGUUUAUUACACCUACUUUUCAGAAACUUGAUGAUCUGCUAUUACCAAGUAAUCCUUUUCUUUGUGGAAUUCUUAUUCAGAAGCUAGAAAUUCCCUGGGCAAAGGUUUUUCCUAUGCGUUUAAUGUUGAGAUUGGGUGCAGAAUAUAAAGCAUAUCCUGCUCCUCUAACGAGUAUCAGAGGUCGGAAACCUCUUUUUGGAGAAAUAGGACACACUAUUAUGAACUUGCUUGUUGACCUUCGGAAUUACCAGUAUACCUUGCAUAAUAUAGAUCAGCUAUUGAUUCAUAUGGAAAUGGGGAAGAGCUGCAUAAAAAUACCUCGGAAAAAAUACAGUGAUGUAAUGAAGGUUAUAAAUUCUUCUAAUGAGCAUGUCAUUAGCAUUGGAGCCAGUUUUAGUACUGAAGCAGAUUCUCACCUAGUCUGUGUACAAAAUGAUGGCAUUUAUCAAACACAGGCCAACAGUGCUACUGGCCAUCCUAGAAAAGUGACAGGUGCAAGUUUUGUGGUAUUCAAUGGAGCUCUAAAAACAUCUUCAGGAUUUCUUGCUAAGUCCAGCAUAGUUGAAGAUGGCUUAAUGGUACAAAUAACGCCAGAGACCAUGGAUGGCUUGCGGCUUGCUCUACGAGAACAGAAAGACUUUAAAAUUACAUGUGGGAAAGUUGAUGCUGUAGACCUAAGAGAAUAUGUGGAUAUCUGCUGGGUAGAUUCUGAAGAAGAAGGAAACAAAGGUGUUAUUAGUUCAGUGGAUGGGAUAUCAUUACAAGGAUUUCCAAGUGAAAAGAUAAAACUGGAAGCAGAUUUUGAAACCGAUGAGAAGACUGUAAAGUGUACUGAGGUAUUCUACUUUCUAAAGGACCAGGAUUUAUCUGUUUCAGCAACUCGUUAUCAGUUUGCAAAAGAAAUAGCCAUGGCUUGUAGUGCUGCACUGUGCCCUCAUCUGAAAACUCUAAAGAGUAAUGGGAUGAAUAAAAUUGGCCUCAGAGUUUCCAUUGACACUGAUAUGGUUGAAUUUCAGGCAGGAUCUGAAGGCCAGCUUCUUCCUCAGCAUUAUUUAAAUGAUCUUGAUAGUGCUCUAAUCCCUGUGAUCCAUGGUGGGACCUCCGACUCUACUAGUUUACCAUUAGAAAUAGAAUUAGUAUUUUUCAUUAUAGAAAAUCUUUUUUAGUGAAAGAUGAGUCAUAUUAUAUAUUGCAAACUAAUUUGUUAAAACUACAUUCACUAAAGCUGAAAUGCCACAAACACUAAAAGUAAAUGUUUGCUGUUUGAAACACGUAAGUUUUGCUUUUUAGGCAGGAAAUUAUCUUUUUAAAUCAUUAGCACAAUAUUUAAAUCUCUAAAAACUUAAGAGACCCCCAGUUUUUGAAGCUUUGACUUACUGCAAGUACUAAAAAGACAAAGAUUUCUUUUGUCUUAAAUAAAUUUGUAGCAUUUACUGUGUCAUUUAAAUGCAAAGCCAAAGUAUCUGCACUUAUGUAUACCUCGUUAUACCAAGAAUGAUUUUAAUGAAGGCUUUUUCCAGAUAUAACCUUAUGAGGGAAAUAGCUGUUAUAUAUGCCAGUUAUAUUGCUGGUUACUAAAGUCUGUUAAAAAUGAAUUUCAGUGACACGAUUUUCAGAUCUUAGUCUUAUAUGAUAAUUCUUUGAGUAAGAUAAUUUAUUUGUAAUAAUUGGAGUGGAGAUCUACCUCCAUGAUUAGAUAAACUCUGAUUAUUUGGAUUAAAAUCAGAAUUUUGCCUUCUUUUCUUCUCAAAUUAUAUAUAUAUAUGGUUUUUUUCUUGAUUAAAUGGGUAUUCUUAAAAUAAUUGUGGGUGCUUCAGAAUUUUGUGCUUCUAUAUUUAAGUACAUUGUUUUUAUAGCAAAAACAUGAUUCAGUAUGUGUUUUAUAAGUCUUUAAUAAUUUAUAAAUAGGUGAUAUUUUUGUAUUGCAGUGCAUUAUUUUUCCUCUUUCCUUCGAAAAUAUACCCUACUUUAUUUAUCACUUUUAAGAGUGAUUGACAACAGGCCAUAUGACCCUUGAUGAAGACUUAUGUAGCAAUAAAUUAAGCCUGAAACAGGUUUUUUUUUUUAAACUUCUUUACUUAACUUUCUUGGCAAGUCUGCAUAUUUUCAUUGACACUAAUGUAUUAAAUAUACACUUUAAUGAACUAAUUUUUGCAUAUUUUAAAUUCUUUAUAUGAUAGUUAUUUUUUAUAACAGGAUAUUAACAUAAGUUAAAUUCUAUGUAUUUGAAACUGUUACAGAACUUUCCUCUUCAAACAGCAAAGUUUUAAGUACAUUGUGUUAAAAAAAAAAAGUAAAGGGGAUAUUUUAGUUAGUCCUGUCAUUUACAUUAUAUAAAAUAUAAUCAUUAUUUUGAUGCUUUUUUUAUUCUUAUAUGGCAAUAUGUUUUUGUAUCAAAAACACUCAUUAUAUAUCUCAAGAAAAAGAAACUACACUACAUAGCCCUGACAUAAAAAUACUUAUGAAGCAUCUCAAUUUGAUGACCAAAUCAGGGUUAUAACUCAGGAUAUGAGGUCUCAGGCUAGGAGAGACUGAGAAUUUUGCUCCACUGGUCAUAUGGUUCGUACUGAAUCACUGUAGUACUAACCAAAGAUACCUUAUGAAGGAGAUUAUCAGUCUUCUGGAAGUAGUUACUUCAUAAACAAUGUAAAAUGUUGCAGCUAUUAAAUAAAAUGGCAACACAAAGUAACCUGUGAAAUUUAUUGCUAUGGUGUAAGAUAAAAACAAUUGCAUAUCAAACUCAGUUUAUGUUUUCUUUAUAUAGUGUGUUUAUUUUGCAGUAUAAGUAGUUGCACAGUCUAUAUAUACUGAAAUUAUUUUAUUUAUUUAUUUUUUAUUUUUAGUAAUCUCUACACCACCCACCACCCUAAGAUCAAGAGUCACAUGCUCUUCUACUGAGCCAGCCAGGUGCUCCUGAAAUUACUUAAAAAUAACAAAAUGGUGGAGAGCUCUUCCCACGAUAGGAUAGCUUUAGAUUUAUUUUCAUAAAGCCUCUACAUUUAAUGAAAAUUAGAAAAUAUGCCUUUGGAGGCACAUUUUAAAGUAUUAUUUGUAGAUAUAUAGUACGUUUCUGAAUGUAGUUAACUUAUUGGUCAUAUUCUUCACAUUGGUACUUACUUUGAAACUUUAAUUUUUUUAAAGGUGAAGAAAUAAAAUGGCUCUUUGUAUUCAGUCCACAAUGAUCUGUUUUUGGUCUUAGGCUUUUUAAUACUGGUCUCUUUCUCUGAAUUUUGAAAUAUGAAAUGAAAUCUAGCCCACUUGUUCUAUGCAGCCACACAACAAAUUUUGUCUAUAUACUUGUUAUGUGCAGAGCACUUUGUUAGGCUUCUCUGGUUGAAAGAUGAUUAAGAUAGUUCUUUCCCUUAGGAGCUGAAUAUAUGAUGCAGAUAAUUAACAAAGUAAAAGUAACUGCUGUAAUGGAGAUAUGAAUGUUGACUACGUGGUUGGAAAGCAACCCAGAAGGAUAGCCUCCUGAAGACAAUAAGGAGAACUUGUUAGAUAGUGGUCAUUAAACUUGGCUAGGUAAGAGAUAAAAACCCGAAAAGUAGGUAAUAUAUAAAAAGAUCGAACUUUCCCUUUUAAGACAAUUUAAAGAGUUUUCUGUGUUAUAUGAAUAUCUUAACCUAUGAUUUAAUCAUAAAAGCAAUAGCCUGACUAUGGUGUCUCAACUGUCUAAUUUUAUAACAGCUUAGAUUCAGAUACUGUUUUAUAAGUAAAGAAUAGACUUUUCUUUUUUUAGUCACAAGCAUAACUUUGAUAACUUGACUCACAUUUUAAUAGAUAAUAUCCUGAAAUAAACCAGAAACCUACAAAUCCAUCUUAGGUUUUAAUUUCUUUGUGAUUAAAAAAUGUUUUACAUAGGAGAUAUAUAUAUAUAUAUAUAUAUAUAUAUAUAUAUAUAUAUACACACACACACAUAUAUGUAUGAUUCAGAAAUCAGAAAAAUAUAAAAAAUAUUUUAAAAAUCAAUAUGCAUUUUAACUUCCACCUUAUAUGUGUCUGCCUUGUUCUUCCUACCCUCCAAUCUCAACCAGCUAAUCAUUUUUAUUAGUUUCUUAUGUCUUCCCACAGUUUAGGUGUAGUAGCAGCAAAUACAAAUAGAUUUUUUUCCUCUUCUCAUUUUUUAUACAAAAUGUAGCAUGGUGUUUACAUUGAAGAGCACAUUCACUUCCUCAAUUACUUUGAGUUAUGAGGUUCAUACCUAGAAUCUUAAAGGUUUCAUUCCUUCUCAGACCACUUUUACUCAUGAUUGAUAAAAGCAUAUUAAUUGCACAGAGGCAAGAAAAAUUUUUUUACAGGAAUUAGACCGUAUGUUUCAAAUAGGAAGACUAUUUUUCUCAUAACAAAUUUUUUAUUACUAAAAUGUGUGCAAGUUUAUUUUUUAUUUAUCUAUGUUUAAAACCUCUAUUUUUUUUCCUACCAGACACUAAGCCUUGCCAUCUAAAUUUAUCUUUUACCACUUAACUGAGGUUUUUUUUUCACAUCAGAUUUUUAGUAAUUUGAGAUCUUUAUAUUCUUUCUUUCUUUUGGAUAUACCUUGGAACAAUUUAAUAUUUAACACCUUUUGGGAAAUAUUUUGCACAUCUGCAUUGAUAAAAUUACAACCAUAUUUUUAGGCUUUAUACAACUGAAAAACUGGGUUUAACUCAAUGCUUUGUUAUGAACCUCUGAGUAUAAGAAAGGUUUUCUUUUUCUUUUCUUUUUUUUUUUUCUUUUGGUAAAAUACAGUGCUUACCAGCCUCCAAGAUAACCCCCUAGUGAUCUCUGCCUCCUGGUAUUGAUACCCUUGUGUAGUCCCUUCCCACAAGACAUUAUUGGUCUUUGUGACCAAUAAAAUAUGGCAGAAGGGUUAGGAUAUCAUUUCUAAGAUUAUGUUGUAAAAAACUAUCACUUCCAUCUUUGGUACAUUUCUCCCCACUUUCUUUUUGUCCCUUCUUAUCCUUUCCUCUUCCCUCUGACCCUCACUCCCUGUUAGAUCAACUCAUUCUUAGGGAAGCUAGCUGCCAGGUAUGCUCAGCCCCAUGAAGAAGCCAACUUGGCAAGGAACUGAAGCCAACAGCCAUAUGAAUGGAAGUGGAUCCUCCAACGGCAGUCAAGCCUUCAAAUUGCAGCGCUGUCAAAAGUUUGCAACCUCAUAAGAACCACCAAACUAAACCAUUCUCAGAUUCCCAAAUCUCAAAAACUGUGUAAGAUAAUAAAUGUUUUAAGAUGCUAAA